AUGAACAUUGUUGGCCAUAAUCCUGCUCCUCUCAAUUAAACUCAAAGAGGUUUUAAUUAGAAAAACGAGUAGCAAGAGCUUAAUAAAUAAAGCUUUUUGUACUAGAUUGAUUAAGCUGUCAAGAACGGCUAGGAUAACCUUAAUGGAUCUAUUAAUGCAGGUCAAAAUAGAAGAGGUGGCUUAGAGCAAAGUGGAUUACAACAAUUACAGAGUGGCAGCAGCAACAGACUUAAACUUCAAAAAUCAUUCCUAGAUGGCAGCAAAGUCAAUAAUAAGGUAGCUAAGGAUCUAAUGAAUGCUCAGCCCAAGUUUUCAAUCCAGCAAAUCCAAAAUCAAUAAAAUGAUGUAAGUAGAGCUGGCUAAGAUUAGUAACAGCAACAGCAGUUGUUCAAUCAUAGACAAACGCUCUUGGAUAACAAGGCGCUUAAGAGUCUUAGUUAGUCUUUUCAGAAAGAACAGAAUGCGGGAGAUGAUGAGACUAGAAGCAUGAAGAGUGAGUUUGACUACACUUCAAAGAGGAAGUUCGUUGAAAUGGUCAAGCCAGGCAGAGGCACUCUCAGACUUGGAACCAAUGUUGAUGGCAAGAUUAUGGAAAAGGACAUGGAUAGAAUGAGUAACUACUCCAGGAGGACUGGCUAUUCUAUGAGAUCAAAUGGUAUCAAGAAGCCAAACGGCAGACUGAAUAGAACCAUCGAUGCUAUGUAGAACGAUGCCAUUGAGGAGUAAAUGAAUGAAGAUGGUCUUGAUGAUUUGGAAGAGAUCGGAGGCAAUGAUGGCUCAAAUAUGAAGGAUUCAUGCAACUAAUGCAACUCUGCUUUGACUAGUGAAGAAUUCACCCUUAAUUAGAGAUUCUUGGAGCAAGCACAAGCUAAUGGACUAGAUACAUCUGUGUUUCCAUUAUGUCUUAAAUGUCAUUUUGAUUAAAUCGUUAAGAGAGGCAAUCAAUCAGGAGCAGAUAUGACUAAUCACCAUAAUUUACUGAGACAGGCUUAAGUUCAAAAUAACUAGAGCCCUGGCAAAAAUCCCUACUUCAUCGAUAAGACUGCUAAGAAAUAGUUCUACCCACAUAUACAUUAAGUAUCAGAUGAAUUCAAGGAUUUGGGCACACUGCAUUAUGAAAGAAGAAAUGUGGAUUAUUUUCCUCAAGAUGACUUCACAGGCAAGAAAAAACUAGAUCUAUCUACUCCCUAAGCACAAGCAUCAAGGAAAUGGAAAUAAAACUUGGGUGAGAAGCUAGCUAGCAAGUACAAUGAGGAUGACAAUAUCAUCAAAAUGUAAAGGAUUGAGAAGGCAAGGGAGAGAGAGCAGUUGAAGGCUUUCGUGGGAAUGAAACUCCAAAAUGAAAAUCAAAAGCUCCUUGAGAUGUCUAAACAACUCUCAGGAGUGGUACCAACUAGAGCUCAAAGCAAUAACAAUAGAGGUGUGUACAAAAUAGGAAGUGGCUUCAGCUAGGCAGGCUAGAGUAUAGCAGCCAGCAACGCUUCUAAGUUCCCCUCUACAACUUCCAGAGAGGCAUAUAAUGAAGAGAUAUACGAUAAGACAAAAAUACUUGAUAGAACUAACUUCAAGAGAUCUAACGUCUUUGGAGCUUAUGUCAAUGCUAUGUUCAACGGAGGAGUGUUUGUUAACCCUGCUCAAGAUCAAUGUUGA